UCUAACGUUAUGGCUAGAUGUCGCGAUGCCUACACUGGCAGAAUAUACAGAUGCAAUAGUGCUUGGUCCGAUUGGGUCCGCUGGGUAGUACUGGCAGUCAUCGUCAUUGCAUUCCUCCUCCUCUUCUUCCUAUGCUCGUGCAUCACCGCUCGUCGUCGAAGAAGAGCAGGUCGCACUCCCUUUUACGGCACCGGAUGGGCCGUUGGUCGCACAGCACCAGGCCAUGGCGUGCCCACCUACAACAACAACAACCAAUGGGCUCAACCUGCACCACCAUACACCCCUUCAAAUACAGGCACUCCUGGUCAGGGUGGAUACUAUGCGCCACCUCCUGGUGCACCACCAGGCGAAAACGCUGGAUACUAUGGGAACCAGCAUAACGGUGUAGAGCUUCAACAACCACAACAUGCCCACAACUACAACCGCGGCGGAGAAGACGUAUACGCACCACCCCUUGGCCCCCCACCCGGCAAGAAGGACGAUGGGAUCAUCCGUUAAAAUCGCCUACGCGCUUUACAAAGACAACAUACACUACGUUCACUUCGACGAGACUAAAAUGGUGCUAUGGGCUUACAUUUUCUGACAUGCCCAUCAAAUCGUAAAAUAACAAUGGUCAGGCAAAAGCGUCUGCAGUAAUGGACGGUGGCUAGGGUUUGGGCUUUCGCGGAAAUUGGGAGAACGGCGUUAUGAAGAG